UUUUAGUGGUAUACGACCGGAUGAAAAUCCAAAAGCAAGCGUCCAAGUAGUUUUGAUUAAUUUUGCGAACUUAUUAAAUUGAUAAUAACUUCACACAGUAUUAAUCCUGGGCAAAGAUGUGCUAUAGAUGGAAUCAUUUGGCAGAAUUACAGCUAAAUUUGUCUGACAAUGAUGCUGACAAUACAGUGAAAUGUCACUGUACAAGAGCUUUCAUAGGAGAUGCUUUUCUGUACAAACUGGGACUAGAAAAAGAUCCUUGUGAUGUAGAUGAUGGGGAGAAUGAAGAAGAUAUACCUGAUGAGGAUAGCAUAGAAAACACUGAGAUAACAGAAAUACAGGAUUAUCCUGCAGAUAAUCAAGGUUACAAAGCUCAUCAUGAAGUAGCAGCGGAGGUGCCAGAUAUUACAAACACUGAGAGAUUUAAAGAAAGUGUAGAGGAAGAAGAAGAACCUGAAAUAACCGUAGAUCAGCUAGCAGAGUUAGAAAUGAUGAAAAAGAUGGGUCUACCUGUAGAGUUUCACUUUGGAAAUACAGGAAAGAAGAAAAAAGGCAAUAAAAAUCAUGGUCACAAGAAGAAAAAACAAAAACAAAGACAGCGUAACAAACAGAAAUGUGAAGAAAAAGCACAAGAUGGACAAAAGAUAGUGAAUGUAGAAAAUUGUUCUAACAGAAUUGAAUUAGAUGAGAGCACUAUAAAUGAUACUUUGAUGUCAGUCAAGAGUCAGUUGACAGAUAGUAGAUCUAGGAAUGGAGUAAAUCUAAACCUAGCUGGUGUUGAUGUAGAAACUGUAUGGCAGGACUAUUGGGGUAAAUAUGGAGAAUAUUUGGUUUGGGAAGGCUGGGUUGCCAAAUAUCCAGAUCAAAUAGACUUUGAGAAGCUGCAAGCUGUGCCAGCUAUAGCUGAAGUUGAGAUUCAAACUGAAACUGACAGUGUUGGUGCAGAUGUAAACAAAGAAAUUGAUAGUAUAUAUCCUCAAUCAAAGGAGGUAGUAGAAAAAUCUGAAUGUCCUGAUUUAAAGACAGCCCAAAGUAUCUUAGAUAACCAAACUGAUAGUGCGAGUUCUAAAGUGCCUGAAACAGAUUUAAGUAAGGAAAGCCCAGUUCAGGAGUACAUGAAUCCAUGUUCACCUAUGCAAUACCUUUCUCCAAAUUUCAAAUGUAUCAGCGGUGAAGAAAUAAUUUCCACACUACAGAAAAGGACUGAGGGCUCAGCUUCAAAUGUAGAAGAUAUAGAAAACUGUGAUACACAAUCUGAUGUAGAUAACUUAGCAAAUGAGAGAACUGAAAUGGUUAACAUGAUGCAUUCAUAUUCCAGCCACCACUCUCAAACAAACGCUCAUGAAAAAUCUGAAAUACAUGAUGAUCAAACAGAUUCUUCUGAUAAACAGACUAAUGAAGAAAACCUUACUGAAGAGGAUUUUAGUAAGGCAUGGGAAGAUCUUUGGAAUGAACAUUACACUGAGAGCUAUUGGUAUUAUUAUAAUGAGUUUGCUGACAAGUUUAAUAAGAUAGCACCAAAUGAUAAAGAAUUGUCUGAAAACUGUGAAGGUGUGUUUGAGGGUAUAGCUGUAGUAAAUGAAAAUGGUGAACUUGAAAUUGUUGAAGGAUUGGACAACUUAGAUGCUCAAAGUCAGAUAACAGAUCUUGAAUUAACUUCACAGAAAUCAAAUGAAAACAAGGAAUAUUCUGUUGAAUGUACAAAUGAUACAGAUGAAAUAAACAAUGGUGCAGAAAAUACUGUUUAUGUUGUUGAUAAUGGAAGAGAAGGAGAUAGUGAAGUGGUUUAUGUUAUACAAAAUGAAGAUGGCACUGCUGUGGAAAAUCUUGCCCCAAAAUCACAUGAAAUAUCUACUAAUGGAAGCUUUAAUGCUACUGAUGAGGGGGAACCAGUUGAUGGGAGCAGAAAGAAAAGGAAGGAGAAAGAAAGAAGGAACCAGCAACAAGGAAAUGAGUCAGGUCACAGGAAUGGAAGUCGUAGACAUAAUUUAGCUUUAGGUUCAUUUCUUACUACACGGCUAAGAGGUUCUGGAGGAGAUGGGGACGACCCACCAGAGGACAGACCUACACAACUUCCUCACAGUCAUGAGGUUGAUGCUACAGAGCCUAGUAUUAGUAAUGAGGUAUCAGAUGCUAGAGCUGCAUUGUCCAUGCUUGGUUACUCACUACCAGAUGAGGAGGGUUGUUCAAAUGAGAAGAAACCGAAGAUUCAGGGAGGAAAAGUAAAAUACAAAACUAGGAAUAUCCAUAAAGUAUCAAAGAACUUAAACAUGGGUAAAGGUGUGCACACGAGGUUUGAUACAGAUGGAAAUGAAAUGACAGUCAAACCAUGUAGAACUUUGAACAAAGUGAAAAACUUCUUGGGCAAACUGAACAAUGACCCUGUUGAUGAAACCGAUGACUUUGACCAAGAAGUAAUGGAAAUUAUGAAUUCUAAGGAUAUCUCGGGUGUUGACAAUAAGGAUAAAACAGCUAUACAUUCAGAUGAUAUAAAAAAUGUAACUGAACAAACAAAUAUCCAAGCAUCAAACUUAAAUACUUGGUCAAUGCAUGUAGAGAAAGGAACAUCUUUUAAUUUCAUGAAAGAUGACAUCAAUGCUUUAAACGAUUGUACUGAUGAAGCUGCUCCAGAUACAUUCCAGUUUACAGGAGUUGACAAUGACCAAUAUGAAAAUUCUGAACAUGUCACAAAUUUUGAAAGAGAGGCUGUGGAAUAUGACCUUGACAUUUGGAAUGAUUCUGAGGAUAAGGUAAAUAUAAGUUCUACUCAGAAGAAACAGAAUUCACGGAAAAAGAAGAAGAGACAGAGAGGUUUACCAAUGCCAGUAGAGGUGGCUGAAGAUCCACAACUAAGGAAAUACUGGGGUCAGCGAUACAGGCUCUUCUCCAAGUUUGAUGAAGGAGUUAAACUAGAUAGAGAAGGCUGGUUUUCUGUGACACCAGAGAAGAUAGGUGAGCAUAUUGCCGACAGAUGUAGAUGUGAUGUUGUUAUUGAUGCUUUCUGUGGUGUAGGAGGAAAUACUAUACAGUUUGCCUUCACUUGUGAAAGAGUGAUUGCUAUAGAUAUAGAUCCAGUGAAGGUUGAACUUGCUCGCCACAAUGCCAGGGUGUAUGGUGUAGAGGAUAGGAUAGAAUUUAUUGUUGGUAACUACAUGGAAUUAGCACCACACCUACAUGCUGAUGUUGUCUUCUUAAGUCCUCCCUGGGGCGGACCAGAGUAUAUCAGUGCUGAGGUGUUUGACCUUGAAACCAUGAUGGCCUUAAAUACAUUUGAGAUUGUGCGUGCAACCAGGUCAAUAACAAACAAUAUAGCAUUGUUUGUUCCCAGAAAUACCAAUAUAGAUCAGUUAACAAGUAUAGCAGGGCCAGGUGGUAAAAUGGAGAUGGAGCAGAACUUUCUUAAUAAAAAACUGAAAACAAUCACAGCUUAUUACGGGGAGUUAGUGCUAGAUGGUGAAGAGGAGGAUGGGGUAGUUGAUGCUGAACCUGACAGCCAAGAGAACUUACAAUAUUUAGAUAAUGAAAUCGUGGACACAAAAAUGGUUGAUAAUGAAACAAGUAGUAAUAUUGUAAAAACAGUAGGUGUUUUAGAAGUAGAAGGAAAGUCUAUGAACGAUUCUGCCAUUGUAGAUGCUGUUCAGAAUGAAAAUGAUUUGGAAGUGAAAAGGAAGACAGAGUCAAAUGUUGAUGAUGGUGGAAAUGAUGUUAAUGUGUAAGAUGUAGUAAAAUUGUUGGAUGCUGUAAAGUAAGACUAUGCCUAAGGAUUGGAAUAUGUACACUGUAGAAACGGACUGUAAUAAAACCAGCAAACAUGAAUAUGCUAAAGUUUGAUGAAUAUUAAUUAAAAAUUGAUGGAAGAUUAUUGUCAGAAUCAUCAAUGGAAAAUAUUGCAGUAUAGUAAUUUUUUACUUACCAUUAAGUUAUGAACAUUCAAUUCUAUAUAUGCGUUUAUGUAUGCAUGAAGGCGUACUGUUUUAAUACAAAGAUAGUAAUGACAAAUUUUAAUUUGUGUCUCUUUUUUUA